GAAAGAGUUGCCACUUCAAUUCUGCUAAGCUUUAUUUGCAAUCUGAAUUCAUGUUCUCUUGCUACUACACAACAAGGUCUCAGGGAACUAGGAAGUUUGUAUGGACAGUGAAAGGGAAGAAAACAAAUGGCUGAAACUGAAACUUGUUGGUUCUCUCAGUUCAAGUUUUCUGCUUUGUCUUUUCUUUGAAUCAACAUGAACCUUCUUGUUGUUGUAGUUGUUAUAGUUGUCCUUGUUUUAUAUUUGGUGAAAAUUUUGCACUCAAUUUUCUGGGUCCCAUGGAAAAUCCAGAGUCACUUCAAGAAGCAGGGGAUAUAUGGCCCUGGCUACCGUCCGAUCUUUGGGAAUUCAUCAGAGAUCCGACGGCUGUAUGCAGAAGCUAAAUCAGAGGCAACCCCAUUUGACCAUGACAUCUUAAAAAGUGUGGUUCCUUUCUACCACAGGUGGUCUUGCAUGUAUGGGAAAGUUUUCUUGUACUGGUUCGGGUCAAAGCCCCGGUUGGCAAUAUCUGACCCGGAUAUGAUUAAGGAGGUGUUGAUGAACAAGGGUGGUGAAUAUGGGAAAGUUCCCUACAAUCCACAAUCUAAGUUGCUUUUUGGACAGGGACUUGUGGGGUUGGAGGGUGAUCAAUGGACAUUUCAUAGAAGGAUAAUAAACCUGGCCUUUAACAUGGAGGUUGUUAAGGGGUGGGUGCCAGAUAUUGUGGCAAGUGUCACUAAGAUGCUGGAGAAAUGGGAAGAUGAAAGAGGAGGAAGAGAUGAAUUUGAGAUAGAUGUGCACAGAGAGCUUCAUGAUCUUUCUGCUGAGGUUAUAUCAAGGACUGCUUUUGGCAGCAGUUAUGAAGAGGGCAAGCAUAUUUUCACCUUACAGGAGCAGCAGAUGCAUCUUUUCUCACAGGCUGUUAGAAGUGUCUAUAUCCCUGGAUUUAGAUAUGUGCCAACUAAGAAGAACAGAGAUAGGUGGAGGCUAGAUAAAGAAACUCGUGAAUCAAUUGGCAAGCUGAUUGAGGCCAAGAGCAAUGAGAGAGAAAAUACAAGAAAUGUACUAAGUUCAUUGAUGUGUUCCUAUAAGAAUGAAGUUGGUGGAGAAGACAAGUUAGGGGUGGAAGAAAUUAUAGAUGAAUGUAAAACUAUCUACUUUGCUGGAAAGGAUACAACAGCUAAUUUGUUGACUUGGGCACUUCUUCUAUUAGCAAAACAUCAGGAAUGGCAAAGUAAGGCACGUGAAGAAGUUCUUAGUGUCAUUGGACAUAAUGGACUUCCAGUUACAGAUAAUUUAAAUAACCUUAAGAUUGUUAGCAUGAUAAUUAAUGAAACACUUCGGCUUUACCCUCCGGCUGUAAUGCUAAUGAGGCAAACCUCUAAAAAUGUGAGGUUAGGGAGCAUUGAUGUUCCUGCUAAGACUCAACUCUACUUGGCAUUGACUGCAGUUCAUCAUGACAGAGAGAUAUGGGGAGAAGAUUCUCAUAAGUUUAAUCCAAUAAGAUUUAGUGAGCCUCGGAAACAUUUAGCUGCAUUCUUUCCUUUUGGAUUAGGCCCUAGAACCUGUGUUGGGCAAAAUUUGGCAAUGGUUGAGGCAAAGAUUGCUCUUGCUUUGAUAAUUCAACGUUAUAGUUUUGUGCUAUCUCCAAGCUAUAAGCAUUCUCCUAUACUGCUUAUAACAUUGCAGCCUCAAUAUGGUGCACAAAUCUUCUUUAGAAGGAUUUCAUAUUGAUGAUUUGCCUUUUUCAUUUUG